CUACGCUACAACGCGCGCCUGAUGUGCGCUUAUACCGGGGCGGACGAUCUUCUCCGGGUUACCCGCCACGAUCUUCCGGCCGACUCUCUGAAGAGAAGGUUCAAGACGCUGGUGAAGAUUCCGAGGGGCCAACAGGUCCCGGAACUGAUCAAGGACAUUUACACGAACGACAAGUGUCCUCCGCUCAACACUUUGGCGGAGGAAAGCUUCCGCACCAUUCUUCGCGUCCCCGUCACCGGCGACACGGCGGAGGAGGCUCCGGAAGACGACGAGGAGGAAGAGGAACAGGCACCCCGCAAGGCGGCCCCUCGACCUACAAAGCGUCCCCGCGCCAAGCGCACGCGCCCCAUCAUCCCCGGCACCCCGUAA